CCGCAGCAGUAGAGGGCGGUAGUGCGCCUCAUUAAGCGGUGGCGUGUUGUGUGGAGCUAGCAUGGGCGCUAGCGUUAGCCUGGAGCUAUGCGGCAUUUAGUGAAGAGAGGGAGUUCUGACCAAAACCUUUAUCAGUCCAAACGUGUGAAGAGCGAGUAUGCAGCGUCUCUUGCUGCAGACACAGUGCCCAGGGGGGACAACAGCCCAGAGACCAGUGGAGACACAAGUGGACACACCAGUGGGGAAGACAGCCAUGGCAGUGAAAACCAGCUGGAAUUGGACCUGUGCAGGAUGUCUCGCAAACACAACCUCACAAAAAGGAAUGUCCAAAACAUCUUACGGGAGGUGAUCACACAUGAGCGUGUGGUAGACAUGAUGAGGGCAGCCAUCAGAGACACUCAGGACCUGCCUCUCUUUGAGCCAAAAAUAACACGGUCGAGGCUGAAGCAGGCCGUGGAGCAAGGACAGAAGGUGAAUUGGAGCCUCCCUGCUGUCAGCUCCACAAACAGAGGCUCGGGGUUUGUGGACAUGGACCUUGAGGAGGAAGAGGACUCCUCUGAUGAAGAGUACUGUCCUGAUGAAGAUGAGGAGGAUGACACAACGGAUGAGCUGUUGCUGAGCGAUGGCGACAGUCUGGCCUCUCCUCUCAGAAUGCAGCCUUGCUCUCAGACAAGCACACCUCAGAGCUCAGCCCAAUCACUUUCCAAAACCACAGACUCCUCCCACUGCCACAGAGUCCCGCCUUCUGACCCACCCACCGACUCUUUCUUAGACCGGCUCAAUGCUGUAGAGGAGGAGCUCAACUCUAACGCCUCCUACUUUUAUCAGGAUGAGGACCGGUUGGCAUCUCGCACUCGCUCAAAGCUUCCUCUUGUGGAUGUUCCUAUAAAUCGCCUGGAGGCAGAGCUUCUUGCCCCGGACAUCACUGCUGAUAUGUACGCAAGUCCCUCCCAUCAGACUCAGGAUCCUCAUUGGACCCAGUGGCUGCAGGGCCUGCUGGCUCCUGAGAACACAGAGGAGGCAGAGGAUGAGGACGACCCAGAAUACAACUUCUUAGAAGACUUGGAUGAGCCGGACCUGGAGGACUACAGGACAGACCGAGCUGUACAGAUCACAAAAAAAGAAGUCAAUGAGCUGCUGGAGGAGUUUUUUGAAACGCUCCAGGAGCAGGCUGCUGAGGAGGAGGACCAUGAGGACGUAGAUGAUGAAGAGUCAUUCAUGCCUGGACCUCAGUUUAAUGUUCCUCAGUCUUUACGACUUGAGCCUUCAUUGGUGCCAUUACUGAAUGUGAUGAGGCCCAGCCAGACAAGAAAAGCCCUCCAGGACACCACUAACACCCCUCAAACCCAGACUGUGAGCACUCCUCCAAAUCCCUUUAAGAACCAGGGCAACCUCAGCCUGCACCAGCAUCAUGUGAUCCAGGCACCAUGGACGGGCAGUCAUGCUACUCAGCUCAUUCUGCUGCCACAAAGUGCUGGUCCAGCGCUGAAGCUGAGUGAACAGCAGAGGGGGCAUCUACAGCAGCAGAUACAACAGCAUGUCCAGCUGCUAACUCAGAUCCACCUCUUAACCAAAGGUAUCCAGGCUCUGAACCAUGAAGCUGAUGUCACCAAAAACUUCCUGGUUGAGUUGGAUCAGUUUGCUCGUCAUCACAGAAGUGUUUCUGUCAGUAGUUUCAAAGUGUGUAACCUGCAGCCAGCUCUAGAUCUUAUAGAAGAAGGUGUAUCCUCUGUUUCUCACGGAUCUACUCUGGGAUCUGUGGCUGAUCCUAAGCGCUGGUUGCCCUCCAUGACACCAGUGACUAAUGGCCAUGCCUUCCCUCUGCUUCCUGCACAACUGGCCUGGGUUUUUGCUACUCGUCCUGUCUUUUUGUAUCCAGAGCUACUUCCUGUAUGCAGUCUGGACCCCGCUCUCCAUCCAUGUCACAAACGACAGGUUUACACUCAAGGAGAAGACGGCCUGAUUGUUCUCGGUAUGAAGCAUUUUGAGGGCAGCGUUAAACCUGACCAGCUUAUCACAGACUUUUUGGUUUGUAAGACGCGUUCUAACUUCACUAAACACAUCCGCGAAAUGAGCAGCAAGAGAGCACUUCCCAACAUUAUCAAGUCUUUCCUUGCAUCUGGUGGCGUGCCCCCUCUGCCUUUGGCCUGUGCCCCUGUGGAUCCAUCAGAGCUGUGCCCUCCAGUGGAUAGAUACUGCAACCACUGUCCCAACUGGCUCAAAAACAGCCGGGAAACCAUACAAAAAACCCGUCUUUCGCCUUCUCCUCCAAGAUAUCCCUAUUAUCUUCCUGUUGGAUGCACGUUGAGGCUUCAUCCUCACUGGCUGCCUAAGUGCCGCCCCCCUUUGUCAAGGCCAAAGCGGCGUUUAUUUACACUUGCACACAAUCGAACUUUAAAGCCCCUUGCAAAAAGAUAUGGAACUCCUGAGCAGAGUAUAGUGACAACACUCCAACAAGAACACAACACAACACAACACAACACUGGAGAAGAUGAGGUUCAAAAAUCUCCAUGUCCUACACCCUUCUCUGGAGACCUAACUCAAGACCAAGGCCAGGCAGGUGCCACUGCCUUUAUACUGAGUCCCAGUCCAAGUGUACUUUUGAACUGUGAGACAGAUGCGCAAACAUGUACUCUGAUUCCACCUCUGCUCCCUAUGUCUUCUAACAUCAGACCGCUUACAGUUCCACUGGUACAGCCACUUAUAAGAGCCCCACCCAGCACCUGUCCACACACACUGCCAAUACUAGGGACGACAAGCCCUGUGAAACUCUCCCCUCAGCUGUGCACUGGAGUGGUCCUGUUCCAUACCAUUUUAGAACCAACACCCAAUCUUAGCGCUGUACAACAAAAUAACAAAGAUGAGAGCAAUUGUGUGAGUGACAAAGAAAUUAUUAUAAAAAAAGAGAGUAUAAAAUAUAUCCAUUUACUUGACAACCUGGGAGGAGGUGACUGUGAAGAAAAUGAGGACCAAAGUAGUGACGACAGUAAUGGGGCUAAUGAAGGACAGAGACCCGGUGAAGGAGGCACUAGCGAAGGGGGAGGAGCUAAAGAAGGACAGGGACCUGGUGAAGGGGAAGAGGCUAAUGAAGGACAGAAACCCGAUGAGGGAGGAGGAGUGAAGAAAGGACAGGCACCCAGUGAGGGGGGAGGGGCUAAAGAAGGGGUAGGGGAUAACGAAGGACUGGGACCUGGUGAAGCGGGAGGGGCUAGCGAAGGACAGGGACCCGGUGAUGGGCCUGGAGAAGGAGGGGGAGGAGGAGAUGAAGGUGGGGAUGAAGAUGAGGAAGAGGAAGAGUUUGAUGAUCUCACUCAAGAUGAAGAUGAAGAGGAAGUGAUGUCAUCAGCCUCUGAGGAGUCUGUGCUCUCUGUUCCUGAAUUACAGGAGACCAUGAAGCAGCUAACAUGGCUGGCUGCUGAGAGAAGACUUGGUGAUGCUGAUUCAGAAGAGGACCUUUCUCAAGAGGAUGAGGAGGAAGAGGAGGAGGAAGAUGGGCCCACUAAAGGCGAGGAGUCCAAAGAGGAGAGAGGACAUGAAACCAGAGGAGAUGAAGAGAGGACAGCAGGAGAGGAGGCUACACGUGGAGCCAGCAGAGGGCCUUCUCGAGGGCGAGGUCGGUCCCGUCCACCUCGUGGGCUCAAGCGCAGUCGUCAAGACCGAAUGAGUAAAGAUGCCUCCAAACUUUUACUGCUGUACGACGAGAACAUUCUGGAGAAGGACCCUCAGCGAGAGAGCAAAGACACGGCCUUUGCACAAGGCUACCUCAACCGAGUGUAUGAGGCUCUACAGGACACCCCUAUGAAGAUGGAACAGUUUGUGACUCUCUUGGGGGAGUUUGAAAAGGUCGGGGAGAUGCCGGAUGUGGUCUCCUUGUUCCAUAGGCUGCAGUGCAUUCUGGGACAUCGCACAGAUCUGCUCAGAGACUUUGCAGCAUUCCUACAGCCUGAACAGGCUUUAGAGUGUGGCCUGUUUGAGGAGCAGCAGGCGUUUGACCGCAGCAGACGCUUCUUACGACAGCUGGAAAUCAGUUUUGGAGAUAACCCAUCGCACUACCAGAAGAUUAUCAAGGCCUUACAGAUGGGCCCUGACGUCAGCCCCACCAGUGUCAAUGAGUUGAAGUCACAGAUGACAUCUCUGCUAAAAGGACACACCCACCUGCAGUCGGAGCUGUGGGUCUUCUUUGAUGAGCUGCACCCUCCACCCGCACAGCCAGGGCAUUUUGAGGAAGCACAGUGGCCAGAAGAGGCAGAGGGGAGGGAGGGAGGGGGUGUGGGUUCAGGGCACACCAGUGGCUUUGAGGAGGUCACACUCCCUGAGCUGGAUGAAGAGGAGGACAGACCCAAAAUCCAACCAAUGACAGUCAGACAACAGAGAAGGAAGAUGGUCUACAAGUGUGAUUGGUCAGGGAAAUCGUGGAUGUGUCUCUGUCAUGAUGCAAACAGUCGUAAACCUGGAAAGAAGGCGUGUCCACGGUGUAAGGGUCUAAGGGUAUCCAGAGCCAUGAAGAGCCUGCAUCCUCUGUACUCUCAGAUGAGCUGUGACAAGGAAGUCAGCUCUCACACAGAACAAAGUGUUGCAUCUUGGGAAGGUCCAUUUCUUCUGCACGUAGAGGAUAAUGAAGACAAGGACGAGACAGACAGGGAGCUGUCUGAGAAGAGGCAAAGAGAACAGGGCACGCCCCUGACGGAUGAUGUCACGGACUCUUCUCCCUCUGUGGCCCCUCCCUCUUCUGAUUACAGCCCUGGGCAGCCCUGUGUCUCCCCACCCCACACUGACCUGAAUGUAACCGUGCCCCCCUCCCCUUCACAGGAGCUCACGGUGUGUGCUAAAAACAUCUCUCUGACAGCCAGCGGAGAGAAGGUCAUCCUCUGGACCAGGGACGCAGACAGAGUCAUCCUCACACGAUGUCAGCAGGAGGGAGCCAACCCCUGUACCUUCCAGCAGAUUUCCACCGUCCUGGGCAACAAGACCCCGAGCCAGGUUUCACAGAGGUUUCAGGACCUGAUGCGUUUAUUCCACACCACAGCACGACACACCAGCUCUGAAGAUGAAGUUCCUAGCACCGAGGCAGCCCCGAAACAUGGAGAAGACUGAAGAAUUAAUCAGGACCUAGGCUGAACCAGACCUAGCCAAUCAGGACCAAGGCUGAACUAGGGCCAGCCAAUGAGGACUAAGGCUGAACCAGUCCAAGCAGAAUGAAGCCUGAACUAAAGCUAGUGUGUGCAAAUAUGUAGCAUAGAACUGAAUAUUGCAGUAAGCUGACUCUGGGCGUCUAACAAAGUGAAGUUAUUCACCAUGAGUACAGGACCCGAGACAUAAACAUUCAACACACUGGCACUAUUCAGAGAUAGAGCUAUCCGUAAAGAAAUGUCCACAAAGACUGAGCAGAAUGGUAUUCUGUCCAAUUGAAAAUGCCCCAUCAAUAAGUUUUUUUGUUUGUAAAUGGCUGUAAAUACAUUUAUAUAUUUUGUUAAAAAAAAAUGUUUUUAUUGAGUGAAUUUGAAAAGAACCAAUGAGGGGUGUUCCAAGGUGAUCUUAAAAAAAGAGUUUGUGAGACUUGGGGCUGCAGCCCUCCACCCACCCCACAUCACACUCCAUCAGCCUCAGUGUAAACUCAUUGUAGGUAGCAAUUAUUACUGCCAAAAAACUGGAUGAGAGAGGGGUAUUCCUGAACUGUUUUUAAUUGUAUCAUAUUACUAAAAAUGUUAAAUCGGAAUAGACCAAUAUAUCAACUGGCUGAUAUGUUUGUCCAAUAUGGGCACAUUAGGGAGAAGUAUCAGCUAUACACCAAAAUCUUACUGAUUCUCUGGUAUUCCAUAUGAGCAUGUUAUACUGUUGAGACUAUUUAUACAAAAUUAUAUCCGUCUUUCAAGUGUACUGUCAAAAGGUUGAAUAACAAUCAGUCCAAUUUGUAAAUGUAUUUACUCUCACCUAAGUUUUAGAAUAAGCCCUCUAUUUACAGUGAAAUAUUGUAUAUCACUAAAUAUUUAAGUAGCAUUUUUUGAGUAUUGGCUCCAAAAAUGGUAAAAUUGGUGGGUUCUAUGGUGUCUGUACAUGUGACUGGAGGUCUGAGGUGAGAAGUCAUUGUUCACACUUGUUUAUGUGCCUUCAUCCCGGUGUCUAGAUUAUGAUCUGAGCAUUGAGAACGUUUAUGGAAACAUAACAGGUGACUUAUUACUAUCACGAUUACUAUUAUUACAACUUAAAGCUUCAUAUUUUCCCAAAAAUUUACUUAUUUUCAAAUACUGUUACUUGCUUCACAUAACUUAGGAAGUGACUGUUUCCCAACUGACAAGAAAAAACAAAACUGAUCAGUGCAAGCCAGCUGUGACAGCUGUUAGUACUUUUUGUUUUUCCCAACCAAAAACAGAAAAUUGUAACACUAAGCUGACAAGCUAGUAAUCACAAUCUGCUUCAUCAAAUUUGAAAUCAUUACAAUUAGAUUAAUCUUUGUAAACCCGAUGACUGGGCCAGGCACCAGAACCUGGCUGUGGAUUAACUAGUACCAGGCAGUUGAGGAAAAAACAAUAUUUUUAAAAUGUAUUUUCUAUGUUUUAUAUUCUAUUUCAAUUGUUUUAUUGUUUAGUAAAAUUAACAAAACCAAACAUGAGAAAUAAAAAUAUUUGCAGUUUUACUGCGAUGCGAACAACAAUGCCAGAAAAAUCUGAUGUAGGUCCUAUGACCUAUUACUACUACACUUACAAUAAAAUGGUG